UCUUUUUUUUUUUUUUUUUUUUCCCCCUCUCUCACUCCCUUCAAUUCCCUCGCAAUAAAAACAUAAGUAAAACAACCAACUAACUCUCUUGCUUCUGUUAAAAAACUUCAACAUACUAAAAAUGGAAGAAAUAAACACAAAUAACGUACCAAGAUGGACCCCAAGCCCAAGCCCAACAAGGCCCUUAGCUAAAACUGUUUCUGAAGAAAAGAAAACAGGAAAUGAUGUUGAAAGUUUAAGGAGAAAUUCUAGUAGCUUAAGGAGGUACUUCCCCUUUAGCUUAACUGGUAGUAUUAGUGCUAUUACUAACACUAAUACGAAUUCGUCGUCGUCGUCUUCUUUACCUCAUCCUCCUCAAAGUACUGUUUCAUUACACGAUGUUGCACCCAUGGGGGCGGAGCAUCGUGAUGUGAGUGAUCACGUGUCUUUGACAUGGAAGGAUUUGUGGGUUACGGUUAGUGGUGGUAAAGAAGGUGGUGGCGAAGGCGGUGUUGGUGGGCAAAGACGGCCUAUCUUAGAAGGUGUAUCGGGUUAUGCUGAGCCUGGACAAGUCUUGGCUGUUAUGGGUCCUUCUGGCUGUGGCAAGUCCACUCUUUUGGAUGCUUUGGCUGGCAGGUUAGGUUCAAACACAAGGCAAACAGGGGAGAUUUUGAUUAAUGGUCGUAAACAAACACUUGCUUUUGGGACUUCGGCAUAUGUGACUCAAGAUGACACAUUAAUGACAACGCUAACAGUAAAAGAAGCCGUAUACUACUCAGCUCAGCUUCAACUACCUGAUUCAAUGACGAAAGCUGAGAAGAUCAAACGAGCUAAUGACGCGAUUACAGACAUGGGAUUACAAGGUUGUGUUAACACAAGAAUAGGAGGUUGGAGUGUAAAAGGUCUUAGUGGUGGACAAAAGAGAAGAGUCAGUAUUUGCAUUGAAAUCUUGACUAGGCCAAGACUUCUGUUCUUAGAUGAGCCUACUAGUGGCCUUGAUAGCGCGGCUUCUUACCAUGUCAUGAGCCGAAUCAUCAAGCUUGCGAAACAGGAUCAAAGGACGGUUAUUGCUUCUAUUCAUCAACCUAGUAGUGAAGUCUUUGAGCUCUUCCAUAAUCUAUGUCUACUCUCUAGUGGAAAGGUUGUCUACUUUGGUUCGGCUUCAGCUGCUAAUGAGUUUUUCACUAUAAGUGGAUUCCCCUGCCCAACCAUGCGAAACCCUUCCGAUCACUACCUAAGAACCAUCAACAAGGACUUCGAAACAGCUGACAUCGAACAAGGAUUAAAUGGGAAGCAGAGCACUGAAGAAGUUAUAAACACUCUUGUGAAUUCAUACAAAACAUCACAAACUUACCAUGAAGUUCAACAGCACAUAUCAAUGAUAUGCCAACAGGAGGGAAGUUCCACUGAAUCGAAAAGGAAACAUGCUAGUUUCAUAACUCAGUCGAUUGUUCUUACCAAGAGGUCUUUCGUGAACAUGUACCGCGACUUAGGAUACUAUUGGCUUCGACUUGGAAUCUACAUUGCUCUUUGUUUAUGUGUGGGGACUAUAUUUUAUGAUAUUGGCCUCUCUUAUGGAUCGAUUCAGGCUAGAGGAGCAAUGCUCAUGUUUGUUGCAGCUUUCCUGACUUUUAUGGCGAUUGGAGGGUUUCCUUCAUUCGUCGAAGACAUGAAGAUUUUCGAAAGAGAAAGACUCAACGGACACUACAGCGUUGCUGCCUACACAGUAGGGAACACAAUAUCAUCCAUCCCUUACUUGAUCAUCAUAUCUCUAAUCCCAGGAGCAAUGGCAUACUAUCUAGUACACCUUCAAAGAGGAUUCGGCCACUUUGUAUACUUUGCAUUAGUACUAUUUAUGUGCAUGAUGUUAGUCGAAAGCCUAAUGAUGAUAGUUGCAAGCUUAGUCCCAGACUUUCUAAUGGGUAUAAUAACCGGGGCAGGAAUUCAAGGUGUGAUGAUGCUAAAUGGAGGGUUUUUCCGAUUGCCUAAUGACAUCCCUAAGCCCUUCUGGAAGUACCCCAUGUACUACAUUGCGUUCCACAAGUACGCGAAUCAAGGGUUCUACAAGAACGAGUUUGAAGGAUUGACAUUUCCAAAUGCUUUAGUUGGUGGUACAGCAACCAUUACAGGAGAAGAGGUGCUGAAAAACUUGUGGCAAGUUGAAAUGGGGUACUCAAAAUGGGUAGACCUUGCAAUCUUGUUUGGUAUGGUUGUGGUUUACAGGCUAAUGUUUUUGGGAAUUAUUAAGGCAACUGAAAAACUGAAGCCCAUGAUUAGAGCUUUGAUGUCAGGUCCUCCUCAAUAUUCCAAACAAAUCCAGUAAAAAUCUUAGCAUGAAUCUAAGCAUAUUUUUUAUUUAUUUAUUUUUUUAACAUAUGUAUGUUUCCCUUUCUAGCUAUUUGUUAAAUAUGUGAAUUUAUUAUUUUACUUUUUAUAAUUUUGUUGUGUGAAACUAUUCAAUUUGGAAUGAAAAUUAAGUUUGGGGUUUUUAUUUAAUGGGUUUUUUUUGUUAUUGUUCUAGCUGUCAUUACUUUUUCUCCUGCGGGAAAAGUGUACUCUUUCGGUCAUUACUAGAAAUAGACUGAUUUCCGACGAACCUAAAAUUUCGUCGGAAAAUUCGAAUUUUCCGAUGAAUUUGGAUCCGUCAGAAAAUUAUAUUCCAACGAAAUAUUCCGUCGGAAGUACUAAUUUACGACAGAAAAUAUUUUCGUCGGAAUAUUUUAAUAAAAAAAGUGGGGGCUUUAGAUCUGCUUAUUUUCGAAACAGAAAGAGAAAAGGAGGAAGAGAAAGGAUGACGGAAAGAGAAAGAGAAAGGGGGCGCAACCACCACCAAUCCGCCGCAACCUCUAGCCAGAGCGCCGUCUACUUGUGAGUCCUUGGCCGCCAAUUGCUAAGUAGUGUUUAUUUGGGUUGUUUUUUUUUUUUGUUUUUUUUUCAGUAAACCCUAACUAUCAACACAAUGUACAGCAACCACCGCAACCACUCGUUUUUCACCGCCGCCCCAUUGUGACUCCUGAGCCGCCGCUCGGUAAGUAGUGUUUAUUUGGUUUUUUUUUCUUUUUUCGGUAAGCCCUAACCACCCAUCACCAUUUGUACAGCAUCCCCCCUCCUCCUUCGUCGCUUCGACCCGAACCACCACCACCUCCAUCCUCCCGUCGUUCUGCAGCCGGUAAGACCCUCCUCCUUUUUUUUAUUUUUUUUAUGUUUUUUUUAUUUAAUUAAAACUGACGCCUCCUCCAUAAUCCUAAUUAAGUUUUUAAUUUUAAUUAUUUGUAGGAUUUGUAGAUUUACUUGGUUUGAUUGUCAAUACAAAGUGCAGAUCUAGAGGUUAGUGACAUUAUAAACUCUAAAAUUCUUAUUUUAGUUUAUACAUGCAUGUUAGUGACUAAUUGUAUAUAGAUAUACGUUAGUUGAUCAUCGUUUUUAGUGUAGUGUAUACAUGUUUGUUG